CUAAAACGAAAGGUUCAGUGUCCAUUGAUGGUACAAGUGUUGACACGAAGUCGACUUUGAAAUUAGGAACAUUUUUGUACAGCUAAUUGGCACACAUUGCGAACUUUCUUGUGUUAUCAGUAACAGAAGAGGGCAAUACAUUGACAUUGUCGGAGUCAAAUUUAUAACUUUCGUGUUUACAAUUACUACCGAUCGAGAGAGGGAAACAUGCAGAUUUCAAUUCUCGUUGCCUUGCUGGUUCUGUUGUCGUUUGCAAAUGCAGAAUAUUGUCACGACACAGACAGCUGCCGACAAACAGGUCUAACUUCAUGCAACGGAAAUUCGCACCUGAACUGCGACCCUAACUGUCACCAAUGUGUGUGUGCUUCCGGAGCUCCAGAAUGCCAGACCAGAGACGAUUGUUCAGGACGAUGUGGUCCAAUGCAUAUUACAUACUGCAGAAAUGGGAAAUGUAUUUGUGAAAUGCACUAAAUAAUGUUUGAUAAUUCA